GCCGAGGGACAAGACGAGGAAGCACCUGCUUCCAACGAGGAGGUGGAGAAAAAACUUUCAUUAAAACUUCAAACUCAGCUUCUCCAGUGGCUCGUAAUACACACCACAACGAGCGCACCGCUAUCGGACUGAACUUUUCCCUCAGACUUUUGACGCAGGUCCUGACGGCCAGCUGCCGCUUCUUGGUUUGGUCUGGGAGGCGGAGAGGAGAGGGGGACUGUGCCAUAUGAGAAAGGUGUGGUAUACUCUGGACGCGCUGGAGAUUUUUUUUUUUCCAAAACUCCAUUUCCACGGAUGAUUUUCCUCACGGACAUUUUUGUUCCACCGCUCCCAUGUAACUUUCCAGCUCGCUAUCAUCCACAACGCGUAAUGCCUUGAUUGAUGUAGGCAAACUCUUGGCUCUGACACAUCUUGGCGCACACCAAUCAAAGUGUUUCUUGCGUGCGUCUCGUUACACGUUUUUAUCUCAAACUACAAGCUGCAGCUCAAGACAGUUAUGCUCCAGCGGCUGGGUGAGAUGCACGGACUUCUUUCCGACUUCGAUUCCAGCUUUAAUAACAGAGUAAUUUUGGAGGGAGUUGCGGUUACUGGGACAAAAGUAUCGGCAGUAUCAAUAACAAAGGCUCGGGUAAAACGACAUUUUUCCUCAGUAAGGAAAUUGAUGUGCGUAAAGAAGGGAUGCCAGCCAGGCGUGGCUUGCAUUUGAAUAUCCAAGUUGAGAAUGCGCGGCAAGUAUGUAUAUAAACGGCUCUUUCAAUCUAAUAAACAGACAUUUCCAUGUGAUGAAUAGUGCGGGACGAUUAAUGAAGUAGUUUUAUGAGGAGCAAGCCAUCGCGCGCCGGGCACGUCCUCACGGGCAUCUGCAUGGGUCGGACCCUCGCCUCACACAGCCAACCGCUCCUCCAGAGUCAACCUAUAUUUCACAUUGCAUAAACAACUCUGCCAAGUGUGCGCGAUGGCAGAGGUCGGGGGAUUUCUCGGGGCCCUGGAUUUGGAUUUACAAAGCUUGCCUGCAUUGGGACCUCUCUCAGAGUCGCCUGCAGGUUUGAAUGAAAGAUUGGGACUGAUCGAGGGGAGAUUACAGCGAGGCUCUCUCACGGAUUUUGAACACCUUAAAGGGAUUCUGCGGCGGCGACAGCUGUAUUGUCGGACCGGCUUUCAACUGGAGAUAUUUCCCAACGGCACCGUCCAUGGUACCAGACAGGAUCACAGUAGAUUCGGUAUUCUGGAGUUCAUCAGUUUGGCAGUGGGCCUGGUCAGCAUUCGGGGAGUGGACGCAGGCCUGUACCUAGGGAUGAAUGAGAGAGGCGACCUCUAUGGGUCGAAGAAGCUGACAAAGGAGUGUGUGUUCCGCGAGCAGUUUGAGGAGAACUGGUACAACACCUACGCCUCCACGCUCUACAAGCACACCGACACGGGGAGGUACUACUACGUGGCCUUGAACAAGGACGGCUCGCCGCGAGAGGGCGGCAGGACUAAGAAGCACCAGAAGCUCACACACUUCCUACCCAGGCCUGUGGAAAUAGACAAGAUCCCGCAGGCCUACAGGGACCUCUUCCAACCCACGUGACCGAAAUUAGGGCCAGGGUCUCGGGCACGGCCACGGAAAGGUGUGGCGAUGGCGGAUGGAUGGACGGACCGGUGGACUCCCUGAAAUCCUCCUAUUGCCGCUCCUCCCCCCCUCCUUUCCUCUCUGGCCAGUGUUUAUGUUCACCUUCUGGUGCUAAUAACCAUGGCUUUUGGCCCUUUCCUGUGCAGAGAUAAACAGGCCGCAUGUGUGUGUGUUCCUGGACACUGUAGCUUCCCCUCCUUGAUGCGUCACAAACACUUGUUUUUUUUUCUGUCCUCUUUUCCUCAUCGAUCAUGCAGGCAGGUGUGUGUGUGAGAGAGUGAACGAGCGAGUGAAUCUGGCACGAGCCAGAUCUGGCCAAAGCGAUGGCCAUCGUACCUCUCAAUCACCUGGAUCUCAAACCAGGCGAGAGGCACUAUGUGGGGAGAAGAGAAACUAUAUCACAAAAUGACCUGAGAAAACCACUCUGGACCUGAGGAAACCACUCUAGACCUGCUUGUGGGGCUGAACCCUUUUGAACAUGCGCAAGCACUUGGUCACUGCACUUCCCCUGCGUUUACUUGGGGGGGAGAAAAAGACAUCUCUGUUCUUAAAAAUCAGCUCCACUGGUCCAUUAAGUAGCCUAAGACACUAUGUAUUCAUUUCCCAUUUCAUUUAAUAGUGCAGUGCAGCAUACAGCUCCAGCUAGGGCACGGGUUAGCAUAAUGUACAUUGUGUACACUGUGAAGAACAUUGUAUUACAGCCUUUCAUUUCUCAAAUUUCUACUCUCUACCUAAGGCUACACCUGGGCAACUGAAUCACUCAUUUACUAGUUAAUACCCAGCUCAUAACUCUUGGGUACCACGAAUACAUUGACAUGUAUUAGGAAUUCAUCUAUUCACCUGUAUGGGGCCCUUGAACUCACUUCCCCCAUUACCAAGUCACUCGUGCUCAGGCAGUGUCUUAGACGACUAAAGACAGUCUUUGUGGGUCCUGAACCCCCCUGGGCAACAAAACUGAGGUGUUUUGAGGUAAACAAGACAAUCUACCACUAGGUCUUUAUACAGAUGUGGGAUAAACUCUAGGCUAUGAAUCAAGUCAAGAUGUAGCAAUACAGCAUUACCAAUGAACUUUGUUUAUAUAUAUAUAAAAAAAAAGUAGUUGAACGUUUCAGGUACUGUUACAUGGAAAACUGGUUUUAAAAUUGACUGAGGACUAGACCAAAAUGAAAGAACGAGAAAUAAUGCGUCAUCAUGGUACAUGAGAGUAGGACAUGAGAGCAAGACCAGCAUCUUCAGUGUGGCACACAAGAUGUCAACAAGCACUUACGCACACCCCUCUGCAACACGUUCUCUAGCAUUGUAGAAGGAUCCGGAAGGUUCUCUCAGCCACAACUCAUCCAAUCAUGAACAGUCAUGCCAGUUCAGAGAAACAACUGGGCAGGUAUGGCAUGUGGGUUUUCAAAAGGUGUAACACUGAAAUGAAUCAUACGCGCCAAUCAUGUACUCUUAUUUUGAAGCAAGUUUAGAAAGUUUAGUUGCAGCUAAAAGUAGCAACCAUUGUGCCCUUCUUGCCUUAAGAUAGCGCUGCAUCAUCUAAACAGGAGACACGUUACUCGUUACAUGACAUCUCUCAGAGGCGAGAUUUCACAGUGCUUUUUAAAGACGUCAACAGAGAUGGAAUUUCAAGAAUGUUCUUCCUGGUCCUUCCCAGCGCAAGCAUCUCUUUGAGGGAGGGAGGGAGGGUGGACGUAGGGUUGGGUGAGCCAAGAGCCCACAGUGGCAUUCUGUUUAGACAGCCUGUGAGUUGUGGUGUUGAUAUCUCCGGCACAGAGGAACUAGGGAGGAGUGGCAAAGUGCCAUUGGUUUGAGGCACAGGUCAGAGGUCAGUGUUUCGUGGGCAUAGAUAGGACCUUUGUUGGUAAGGAACCGAGAUUGACUUGUAAUGUUCAGACUGUCAGGAACAUUAUUAACAAAAAAAUGCAAGUGACAGAAGUGUAAAUAUGUAUGAACCUAUUUAUGAGAUGUACAAUAUAUUUAUUUUCUACAUAUAAAAUUAUAAAUCUAUAUAUUUAUUUAUUGCAAAGACUUUAUUUUGUAAUGAACUUGAAGUUAUCAGAACUGUAGAUUCUACUGAAAAUAUACAAUGGAAAAUGCUAUCAAAACAUUUGAAUUGAAAAGGAAUCGACAAUAAAAUUGUCAUAUCGACUGUC